AUGUUUUUCGAGGGUACAAGAGGGAGAUUGACGCUUUGGGGGAAAGUAGUAAUGUUGAGUAUGUGUGAAAGCUGCCGCAGCGCAUUACGAUUGAAGGAUAUGAAGCUGAUGUUGGCGUACAGAGUUAAUGAUAAACUGGAGGAAUUCUUCAAAGCUACGGGACUUAGGGUUGCGAGACAAAAGUACGAGUAUAAAUCUGCGGGUGAGAUUCACAGAGGAGAGAAUGUGUAUGCGAUUUUACAUGCACCUCGAGGUGAUGCCACAGAAGCAAUUGUGUUGGUAGCGGCUUGGAGAAAUAUUGAUGGAGAGUUGAAUCGAAGUGGUGUUCCUUUGGUUCUUACUCUGGCGAGAUAUUUCAAUCGUUGGUCUUUGUGGUCAAAGGAUAUUAUAUUCCUCAUUACAGCGGAUAGUAAAGCUGGUCCUCAGGCUUGGGUUGAUGCCUAUCACGAUACUCACCAGUCGCCUGCUGUUGAAUCGCUGCCUGUCAAGAGUGGAGCUCUUCAAGGAGCUGUUGUGAUUGACUAUCCGUUUGAUCAUCGCUUUGAAUCGAUCCAUAUCGUCUACGAUGGAAUUAACGGCCAACUUCCUAAUCUCGAUCUCUUCAACACCGUAGUCUCAAUUGCUAGUGGCCAAAUGGGUAUCAGAGUCUCAUUACAGAAAAUGUGGCAGCACAGCGAUAGCUACCAAGAUCGACUCAAGACUAUGUUACGCGGUAUGAUCAAUCAAGGAUUAGGUCAUGCUUCGGGACCUCAUAGCAGUUUUAUUCCAUAUCAUGUGGAUGCCAUCACACUCCAACCAUUUGGAGAUGGUUGGCAAGAUGAGAUGGCCAUGGGAAGAGUAAUCGAAAGUACAUUUCGAAGUCUGAACAACUUGUUGGAACAUCUCCAUCAAAGUUUCUUCUUCUAUUUAUUGAUGCAAGCUAAUCGCUUCGUGAGUAUCGGAACUUAUCUCCCAAGUGCUAUGCUUGUGGCUACAAACUUUACUAUUAUGGCUAUUUACCUAUGGGUGAAAAGUGGUUGGCCCAGUCCUGCGAAGACGAAAUCAUUGAUGUCUACGGAAAAGGGCGAAGAGAAGGAGAAGACUCCUUUAGUGAUCGUGGAAGCCGGUGAUGCAAAGGCACUCAUCCCACAAAAAGAUCUCCAAGUCCGCGAACGCAAACUCUUUCUACCUCUAGCUGUUGUAGCUGGAUGUCAAUUCUUAGGACUUGUUCCUCUUUCCAUAUUUAACCAUACAUCUAAAGCCAACCUCCCUGCAGUCUUCAUCGUCUUCUCCAUCCUCAACACAUUCCUCCCCCUAGCCCUCUCCACCCUCCUCCAUUCCAGAUACUGCACACCCCCCACACCCCACCAACUAUCCCUCAUCCAAUCCUUCUCCCUCCUCCUCCUCGGCAUGUACCUCUCCUCCCUCGCUACCCUCAACUUCUCCCUCUCAAUCCUCAUCGGUAUCCUAUCCACCCCCUUAUCAUACAUUCGUCCACUGGGCCACAAACCCAUCCUCGCUUCUAUACUCGCUAUACUGCUAGGUGUAUUAGCGCCUUCAACUGUAUUGCUUGUGGGAGCAAAGUAUUGGGGUUUGGAUGUGGGAGAUGUUUUGGUAGAAGCGGCUUUUGGUUGGGAUGUUUGGGGGAUGACGACCCAGGUGGUGGUUUGGUGUGUUUGGUGGCCUGCGUGGGUGGUGGGUGGUAUCUUGCUCUUUGGAAAGCCGAGGGAUGAGGAAGAUGAGAGGGUUGAUGGGAGUGCGUAUGCGGUCAAAGGGAAGGUGGGGGAGGUGAGGGAUGGACUAGAGAAAAGAUAA